AUGAUAACCCGGCCAAAACGUCCUAUGAAGCCCAUGACGCAAGAUUACGUAAGCGGUUCAUAUGCGCUUCCAAAUGACUAUUUGAAAAUGUUGCGUAUCUUCCAACGACCACUUCUUUCUGCAUCCCGUUUCUGCUCAGCAGCCUCGUCAACUCUUUCAGAGGAAGUCAGGAAUAAAAUUGACAAGAUGGUCAAGUCAGGUGAUGUCGUAGUAUUUAUGAAGGGAACUCAACAAGAGCCCAUGUGCGGAUUCUCACGAAAUGUCAAACUGGUCUUAGACUUCCACAACGUGAAGUUUAAUGACUACAACGUUUUGGAGGAUGCUGAACUGAGAGAGGGCAUCAAAGUUUACAGCGAAUGGCCAACUAUACCACAAGUUUACGUGAAGGGAGAAUUUGUUGGUGGAUGUGAUAUUAUGGUACAAAUGCAUAAAGACGGAGAGAUAUCCGACUUCUUCGACUCAAAAGGUAUUCCAAAUAAGUACGGAGAAAAGAAAUAA